UGAUAUGAGGACAUACGAGCAGUUUCGUGUCGAGGUUGCAAAUGUGGAAGAAGACCAGUGUUGGUCUUAUUCAAUCAGCCACUACUAAUAUUGCAUGCAUUCUUGUGUCAGCGCGGUGGUCGACAGGUCACCUGGAUUUUCUCCGACCCUCUCAGCAUUUCCUAGAAUAAUUUUAAUGUUUAGAUUCAUUCAAAGUUUGUGUCGAAAAUUAGACCAGGUUUGUUCGAUUGGAUUUGCCAGGAUGUGUGAUAGCAAUAUAGGGGCGUCUCCACGCCCAAUGGUAGAUCAAAAACUAGCCCUUUCAUUGCUGAAGGAAUUGUUUCCUGUGUCUGACAGCGAGGACGUCGUUAUUGUUCGGGAACUACCCAGCUACGAUGACAGGAAUUUUCACAUGAAACUCAAAUUAGAAGAGUCUGAGCAGACAACUGACUGUGUGCUGAAAGUGUUACAUUCGCAGUUUUCGUGUAGCCGCCCUUUCCUGGAUGCACAUGCGAAGCUGCUGGUUCAUUUAGGGAAUCAUGGAUUUCGAUGUCCUGUGCCGAUGAGCUCAAGACAAGGCACGCUGUUCUGUUACGUUGAUCUUCCACACGACCUGCAUGACAAGCCGCAGCAUCACGCCGUGGCGCUGUGGGGAUUUGUGCCCGGCGUGGCCAUGGCAUCGUUGUGUCAGCGGCCAAGUCAUGACUUACUGUGUCACAUCGGCAGCUACAUAGCCGACAUGCAUGCCUGCUUGAGUGAGCUGGAAGGUUCGUCGACGGAGGCAGCAAUUCGAGAGCGUCGACUGAGGUGGUCAACCGUCGAGGCUUCUAACUGUCGCCCGGGUAUUCCUUUCAUACCGGACCUAGAGCUGCGCAAUAUAGUGGAGCGUGUGCUGGAACGCUAUGAGCAAGAGCUCUUACCAAACUUGUCAUCCAUGCCACAGGGUGUUGUGCAUGGAGACCUCAACGAGUCAAACAUCAUUGUGGAUCCGAGCCGGCCUGAUGAAGUGUUUGGCAUUAUUGACACGUCCGACACAAUCUUCGGCCCGUACGUGGUCGAUCUGGGCACCGCCAUGGCCUAUUUGUCACUGCUAAUGAUAGACGGUGAGGAGUCCCUGGUUGACGCCGUAGCACCGAUUGUGAGGAGCUACUGUGCCAAGCGUUCCCUGAACAAGGCUGAGCGUGAGUCGCUGCACUUGUGGAUGAUGACACGCCAAGUGCAAACCGCCGCGUUUGGCUAUCAGGCGUUUGCCGAUGACCCCGACAACGAGUACAUUCUGGCUAGUGCUCGACUAGUGGCCAGAGGUUUGCCAAAGCUGUUCGCCGCCUCGCCAGAGGACGUGCUGUCUAGCUGGUUUGGUGAUGUCGAAGCUCCUGCCGAUGAUCAGUUAUAGCAGUGUGUGUGUGUGCAAUGGAAGGUGUACGUCUCAGUGCCAGAGGACGCGUAACGAAGGAGCUGAUCCGGCGAUGUUCAAGCGCUGGCCGAUCACAAGGCAUAUGGUGCGGUCAGUGAGUUGCGGUGUGUGUAUUGUGUGUGUAUUGUGUGUGUAUUGUGUGUGUAUUGUGUGUGUAUUGUGUGUGUAUUGUGUGUGUAUUGUGUGUGUAUUGUGUGUGGCUUUCAGCACACAUACACUCCUGUACACCUACGUCUACACCUGUGUACAUGUACGUCAUGGCAUGACGUGGGUGCAGGGAUAUUCACCACUAAAAGGCACAUGCUCGACUUCAGCUGUGUUCCGUGUAUGAGCAGACAUACACGUCGUGUUUAUCUUCGGCUUGCUGAGUACCUCCCAUCACCAGCUGCUGUGCGAAGUACGCAUCUUGGAGGAGCUGCAGCGAUAUUGGCCGGUGAAGAACAGGUUCAGCUUGAGUUAUGCCUCGUGCGUGAGCAGCCAGGGUGUAAUCUAACUUUUGCACUGAUGCCAGUGAUGGCAUUGCAACCCUGGCUUGUUAUUUCUUUCUUUCAGCAAGUGCCCCCCCCCCCCCCCCCCCCGGUUUUGUUACAAACUCUAUGAUCCAUAGAGGUUGGUGGUGUUCCUACGGAUGCGCAAAACGUGGCCUCCAGCCGAGUCUGACACGAACCGUGAUUUUUUUGCUACACACCACUGUUUAAUACAACUGCCUGCGAGCACCAUCGA